AUGGCGGUUUUAGCGGCAACAUCUCGCCCCAGUUCUUCCUCACUUCAUUACCCAGCCUCUCACGUUAAAUUACAUCACUCGGUUACAAUUACGCCAUGGCGAGGGAAAGUAUUAUUAAAUGAGAGAGAAUUUUAAGAGUAAAUCCACUUCCUUGAGAUAACAGCAUGGCUCAAAUUGUAAGUUACUGGUCAUUCUGAAGUCAGGAAUCUCCCUGAUAAAUGGGUAGGAAAUAUCAAGCCUUCGUUUCGUUUCUUUUUCUUUAGAUUGUACGCGUGCAAUCCCGCGAAGGGACUUCAAGGAUAAAAUGUUCGCAAACCGAAACUAUCUCGUCAUUCUUAACUAAGGUAAGAUUUAUUUAACUUGAAAUUUGAGGAUAGCCUAUUGUGAGCUUAUCAUAUAGUUUCAAGUGCCCGACGUCUGGAUUUCUAUGUACUUUUCAAACUUGAUGUAUACUCAGUCAAUCUAUCUGAGCUUAAAUUAUGGUAGAAAAGUUUAUUUGUAUGAGGCCGGCCGGUCUCGUUAAGUUGAAUGGGGUUACUGAUCGAAUAAUUCUUAUUUUACUUAGUUAAAACAUGUUCUUGGAAAUCUGCUGUUAAAAUGCUAUUCGACAGUUUCGUUAUCUUGUGGGUCUUUCGAUUUCAUAGCUAUAGAGGGAGGAUGAUGACGCACCAUCAGUAACAUUUUACAUAAUAUGUACUUUGUACAAAAUGUUGCCUUGUCCUUUUGCUGGCAGAUACAUUUUCUCAUACUUUGCUCGGCAGUCGUGGCCAUUCAGUACAUUUUAACUCUUUCCCUUCCAAGAUCAGAAAAUCUGUUCUCACAGUGACUAGUGACUUAUUUGUGAGCAGUUUCUGAGAAUUCUUUUGUGAUUCAGACAACAUUUCUUAACUUUCAGUUUAUUUUGAUUAAAUUUGAGUUUGAGAGAAUUUAUUGUGAUGGUAAGGGAGGUUUAUAUUAUUUCGAUACUUAAUGUUCAUGAUUUUGUAUAUUUUAGAUUGUAGAGGAGCUUUCCCUUCCAAGAAGAGGAUGGACACUAUUUCUAAAUAGAAACAAAACUGGAGAAAUAAAGAACUCUACAAGAAAAACUUUAGCUUCACUUGGAAUAAGGUAUGUCAGUCCUACAUAUUACUUUAGUGUUUGAUUGGAUAUGAUUAGAAGUUAAAAUUGUGUAAUGGAACAUCUUUCAACCAAUCAAAUACUAUCAUAUUAUGUUUAUAUGAAAGAUUAAUCUUUUAACCCUUAAGAGUGAGUGGCAUCUAAUGUCUUCUUAGAAUUUGAAAUUAGAAUAUUAAGAAAUGCCCCUUUCCACUUAAGACUGUUAAAAAAAAGUGAUGCUGAUGGCAAGUUGAACAUAAUGAACCAGGAGCUCAAACAAGGGCUGUCAAAUUGUACACAUUACAACCCCUGAUGGUUAUGCCCUUGCGUUGACCUUUUAACCCUUAGCAGUAACUAGCAUCCUAUUUCUCCUUACAAUAUCACCCCUAAAUCAUGUAGUAAGGUCAUGAGAAUAAAGAAAGUUAUUAGUAGCAAAAGAAGCUGUUGAUUUUUACACAAAUUCUCCUUGUCAGCACCUUAGGGAAUAUAUGGGGAACAGUAUGAAGACUAGCUUUACUGAUGUUAGGGUGUAAAGGGUUAGGACCCAAUGUAUUGUGGUGAUAAUUUUGAUGCAGGUUUGUAACCUGAAGUUUGAAGAAUUGCUAAUGUAUGGAGCUCAUAAAGGAAAAGACAUGUACGUACUUCCAAAGUACAGGAGAUGAAUGUCUUGGAUACCACAAACAGAUAUGCUCCAAAUCACACAGAGAAAUUUUGCUCUACUUUGUUGUCCUGUGUAAUUAGGAAGAUACCCUAGCUUAUCAGCUAAUUAAAAAUCAAUGAGCGGCAUUUGUUGUGCUUUCUUUUCUAGGCAUGGAGAUAUGCUUUUCUUGUCUCGUGAAGCUUCACCAGUUGAUAAUGAUAUGUCAGGAGUAAAUUCUGUUCCUUUGACAUCUGCUGUAAACCUAGCAACCUUGGCAUCAUCCAAUAGCAUCAAAGAGGAUGAAAUUGAUGUUUUUCUUUCCAAGCAAGAUGGUCUGAUUCACAGAGAUCGAGACCCACAACUGUAAGUGCAAAGCAGUAAGAGCCCUAGAAAGAAAUGAAAAACUGAAAAAAAAUUGCCGUCAUAAUUUGUGAAGAAACAAUAGUUCGCAGCACUGUAACCUUAAUGAUGGAAAGAAUGAUAACACAAUUCAUUACACAAACAUCUCAUUCAUACUAUACAUGUACUUGACGAUACAGACUUGAGAUGAUUCAGUUUUAUCCAUGGCAAAGUUUCACUAUCAUAAAUGUGCAAGUUAUCAGCCAUACAGGGUUCUGCAGGAAGAAUUAUUUCAUUAUUUAGGACUUGAAAGCUAUAAACUGGGUUAAAAUAUUUAUCAUGUGGUUUUGCAGAUCACCCAUCACUGUAUUGAUUAUUAAUUUGAUAUUACUGUUUUAAGUGAAAUAAGUAAACUGGGAUUCAAAAAUUCAAGGGAUAAAUAUAUAAUGUCUCCAUUUUUCUACAUUGUUCAGGUGUCAUCAUAACCCCAACAGCAAAUGCAUCCAUUGUGUACCACUAGAGGUAAGAGGGGCUACAUGAUUGUAUAGAACUUUCUGUUUUUCACUGGAGAGUAAUAACUAUAUUUUGCAUUUAUUAAGGCUAAAACAUUCUAAUUAUGGGAUAAGUCGCUGCAACUUGUCUCUGGAACAGACUUGCUCCAUGAUUAUUGCCUUAAAACGAGUUGCUGCAAUCACUACUUUGCUAGAACAUGUCACAGUCACAAUUCAUGUUGAGUGACAUAGAAACAUUUUGUGAAGAUCCUUGUCACUGUGAUCAUAGUAAAAAGUUUAGUUCCAGUGUAAAAGAUAUUUUCAGAUAUUCACCAUGCCACAUGAAGUGCACUUUCUUGUAUACUUUUUCCAUUGAUUUGUCACAGUGAUUUGUCAUUUGCAUGGAAGUGUGUUUCAAGGUUAGGGUUAGAUUACAUAAUCUUACUGACAUCAGUCCAAGAAGCUACAUGUAUUUGAAGCCUUAUAUUCAAAUUUUAGUUCCCCCAUCAAGGUGGACCUUGAAUGGUUUACACAAGCUUCACCCUGGGUAGAGCAGCUACAUGCUUAAUCAUUCUUGUGAACUAGAAAAUAGAACUAUAUUUUUUGUAACUUUACAAAAAACUUUGCUUCUUUGAUUACUGAAUAUUAUUUUCCAUUAUAUGGCCUCAAAGUUCACUUAAAAAAUGUUAUUGACUAAUAUUCUUUUGGAGUUAAAGAUGUAAACCAAUUCCAAUUUACAUUAAGAAUGAUUUAGGCUCAAGCAAGCAUCUAGUACAUGUUUGAAUAGUUCUGACCACUUCAUUAGACAAAGUAACAUCAGGGCCUUGUUGUUACAUUUUUUUUCUUAGCCAUAUGAUGAAGAGUAUUUAAAGAAUCACAAACCUCCUAUCAAGCAUAUGUCUUUCCAUGCAUUCCUCAAAAAGAUGGGUGGAGGCACAGACAGGUGAGCUUUAAACAACUUAGGUUAAAGAGUGUGGGCAGAGGUUGGUCAUGAGAUUGGGCUGACUGUUUUGUCAUGUACCCUUGAUGUUAUACUUCCUAUCAGUUUAUCAGAAGAGAUGUUCUGUAUUUCAGAGGCAAGUUUACAGUACUGGAGGAUACUAGCUGUAGGAUCAAACCGGGAUGCACAGAGCAUCCACCCUGGCCUGGUGGAAUUUGUACAAAGUGUCAGCCUGGUGCUAUUACACUAAAGAGACAAGUGAGUCUGUUUGUUGAUGGGCUGUCAUGGACUACAAUGAAAGCUCCCAUUGGUAUUUGCAGGAGCAGAGAUCCUAGCAUAUCACAUGCUUGACAAAAACCUUGAUAGCUUCAAAACUUACUCUGCACAGUCAGAACUUCCAGGGCAGCUACCCAUCCAUUUUUUACCCUGUGUCCACUAGCAAGGGUCACUUUCAUCAGAUGACUGAUCCAGUUUCCUUCAUUUUUCUUGACGAACAAAUCUUCACUUUCUCUCAGCACCAAAGCAGCUUUGUUGUAAUUUGUAGAGCAAUGUUAUUUUCUUUACUUUUUUUCAGGUUUACAGACACGUGGACAACAUCCUUUUUGAAAAUCCCUUUAUCGUGGAACCAUUUUUAAACUACUGGAGAAAGACCGGAAAUCAGGCAAGCAAUCACUUCAGAUCUUAAUGUUGUAAAUCUGUAUGGAAGGCAAAACUACUUUCAGCUUGGGUGGGGAAGGUGCUUAUUUUUGGUGCUAUCCCGCUCCCCACUCCCAUACCUACGGGAAUCUUGUCCUCUCCGUGGAUUGUCAUCUUUUGGCAGCAAUAUGACUAACAAACAUACAAACAUGACGAUCACUUAGGUGCGUUGAGAAAUGUUUCAUUCUAGCGAGUGUGAUACGAAAGAAAAAUUCUAAUAGCCCCGUGAGGAAAAUUGAGAUGUGCCAUACUCGUUCACGUAAAGCGAUUGCAAAACCAAGGAUGACGAAAGUCUCUGCCUCCAAAAUUAUUUCUGUGGCGGAACACUGAACAGUCCCAGAGAUUGCCUGUUACAACUCCUUUGCCAUUUUCCGUUUUUAGAGGCUGGGAUUCCUGUAUGGCCGUUAUGAGCUCCACAAGGAUGUACCCCUGGGAAUACGAGCUUCAGUGGCUGCCAUUUACGAACCCCCACAGGUAAAAAUAUCUUUAGUAAUCUGCUUCCUUUUUCUAAAGACCACCACCCAUUUCACCUGCCAAACCAUAGUUAAUAGAGUAGAAUGGUUAAGAAACCUCGCAGAUUUCAUAGUUAUGCGUUUAAAAUUCGUAUAAAAUUCGUAUAAGGAAAUCUUUCUCAGGUCAAUUGGAUACUUUUUUGCUUUUUCUAGUUUCGCGUUUUGCUUUUAGCAUUUUUCUUCGGCAAUGUUAUUGCCAAAGAAAAAAAAAUGGUUUUUUGAUGUAAUUAAUCAAACGUUUAUGGUGAAGAAUAGUAAAACUCGGCACAAUAAUUCCCGGCCCCUUUAAACGUUAGUUCUCUCUUCCCUUGAUAAAAGUUUGAGUAGCACGGGAAUAAUCCUUCAGAAUGAUACAACGGGGCGUGAACGUUGCAGUUCUUUGAUAAUAGUCAGGAAUUAUUGUUGAUGGAGUCUCUGUACAUGUGAAGUGUAAAAACAGACAUUGAUCUUUACAACACCAUCUCAAUUGAUCUUUGGUGCAUUUUUGUUAAGUUGUGUGACAACCACCAGUGGUCCCCUCAGUUGUCCUCUGUAAAAUUAAGGGUUUUCGAAUUUACCUAAAUACCGCCAAAGUACUGUGUGGGAAAAAAAACAUUAAGAUGGCCUUCUUCUCCACAACAAUUAAGUCGACUUCUUCACAACAAUUGUGUCAACUUUAUUUUAUAUUUACAGCCGUUAUUUCAGCUGUUUCAUUCUCGUGGUUUCCUCUUGUUCAUGAACUUGGUCCUGGGAGCCUGUUUAUGCAGGACAUGACAGGACCACGAACACGGCACGGUUUGACCUCGUGUUCCGCCUAUGCAUGUUGUUUAGUUUCUUUCUUCGUUUUUUUUUCUUUCUAGGAAGGCACUCCAGACAGCAUUAAGCUCCUUACAGACCCCUUCGAAGCCAUAGUUGACAAGCUGGCUGCUGAUCUCGGCCUUCAGAAAGUGGGCUGGAUCUUCACAGACCUCGUCGCUGAGGAUGUAAGAAAAGGCACAGUGAAGCAUCUACGGGAUAUAAACACACACUUUCUUACAGCUGAGGAAUCCAUCUUGGCAGGUCAAUUACAAAAUCAGCAUCCAUCACCGUGUAAAUUAUCUUCAAAUGGCAAGUUUGGAUCAAAGUUUUCCACCGUUGUUGUGUCAGGUAUGAGUUAGAGUCCAUUUUCAAAAUGAUAUUUGGGUCAACACAGGUGAGCGAAAAGUGUGUAACCCCUGCUAUAAUUGAGGUCCUGAAAGAGUCAGACAGAACGAAUACCUGCUCUUAGGGUUAUCCUUUGGGGUUCUCUGCUAUCUACUCUUAGGGUUAUCCUUUGGGGUUCUCUUUGUCUUACCUCUGUAAUCCAGUGUUUUAUUUUCUUGCCAAUUUAAUGUUUUUAUUCUUGCCACCUGAUAGUUCGCUAUGUCGUAAUAUUGCUUUCCUUACUAAAACUUUUCUGUUCCCGUAGUUUAGUUCAGCUCGCCACGGAUCAUCAGAUCUGUGAUUAGUCACUGUAGCGUGCACGUGACUGCCGGCAAGAAUAAUUUCACAGUAUUUCUACAUAUUUUUCUUAACUUUCUUAGGUAACACGGAUAACCAAGUUGGUUUUGAUGGUUUUCAGGUAUGGUUGUUUUAUCAUCUUUCCUGUUAAUUUAACAAACUGAGAACGGUUUUGCCUGCAAGCAGUCUAUGCGAUUGGAUUCCGCCACAACUAUUUGUUAGCGAAUCGUGUCAUAUCUACAGCGGUUUUACGAAAAUCACGGACAAGAAGAAAAAUACAACAACAUUUUGAAACAAAAAAAAAACUUAACGGCAGUUCGUAGCCAGAAUAAUUUUUGAAUAAUUGAACCAUUUUAUCAUUUGACCAUCCUUUCUUUCUCUUCCUACUUUUCUUCUUCCAUUCUGCCUCCUGCCGGGGGCCAUACGCUGAACCGUGCGCCGUUUGCUGGUCUUUGUUGGCACCUUUGCGUAUGGCCCUCGUACGUCCUUUUUUAUGUUCUUCACUAAAGCGCGCACCAGGCCCCACGAGUCAUAGUUUAAUCAUAUCUACUCAAUAUAUGUUUCACCUUGUACUCCCCUCAGGUGUCCAAUCAGUGUAUGGCGUUAGUUCGUGACGACUGCCUGGUACCUACUAUAGACGAACCAGGUCUCGGCUACGUCCGGGAAUCUUCGAGCGAUCAAUAUGUCCCGGAUGUUUUCUAUAAGGUGGGUACCAAGCACGAGCUCCAUUGCGACAAAACUUAGUCCGUGACAGUUUAUUUUUCUGUUUGUAUAGGUAAUCACAUGAUUUCGAGUGCAAUUUUGAGUAAAUAACCACGAGUAAAUUUUUUUAAAGACUAACAAAAUUGCACAUUUUUGCAAAUAAUUUUGUGUUCUUUGAAAAAUUAACGAGUGCUUGUUUAUUCCAAAUUGCACGAGAAAAAUACGAGAUGGCUUAUCAUAAUUAAGUAUGAGCAAAGCGCGUGCACCAAGCGCAAAAAUAAUUUAUUCAAAUCGUGCGUUCGUUCAAAACAACCGCGUACGAUCAAGACAGCAAUACGCAAUGAUUUCUUCACCUCUUUAAGGCGCAAAUAAGUUCAAAGUCCGGCUAAACAGUUCAAGGAAUUGUUCAGUCUGUGUCCGAAUCACUUUCGAUGAAAUGGGAUCGUCGUUUCCGAGGUUUUGCCAUGUUUGUUUUUAAUUUUGGCGUUGGAUCGCUCGAGCAAAGUGUUAAGCUGGGUCGGCUCGUAAUUUUCAAUUUCCUUGGCAAUUCCCUUCUCUAAACACAAACCGACAACCAAACCGACAACCAAAAAGCAGUGCUUUUUACAGUGUUUUCGUUGUUUGAGCUGUUUUUCAGCUGCGGUGGCGAAAGAAAACCUACUUAAAACGCCGGCCAUUGUUUCGCUCGCAAAUUUUCAAAUUUUGUUGCGACAUCUAAGGCUCGCAUUUGAUUGGCUAUCUGUGAGUUUCUUUGAUUAUUGACCAAUCAGAAUGUCUGAUUUGUUACUUUCUUUGCACUGAAUUACCUGAAAACUGCAUUUAUCUUAACCAAUCAGAACUGAGUAAUUUGUCCAUGUAUAUUAUUAGCUUAUUUAUUUGUGUUGUAUUUCCAGACUGCUGACUCGUACGGUAAUGAAGUGACUCUUUUAGCUCGCCCUAUGCCUAUAGAAUAUCUGUUAGUUCAGGUGGGUACAUUUCACCUUUUUUGUGUAAUUUUGUUUUUGAAUUGUUUUCGUCUAUUUGGCAUACUAUUGGAUGAAUAACAUGAGUUAUUUAAAACAAGAAGCACUUAAACGUGUAAGUGAACAUACUGUGGCAUGUUUCUUUUUCUUAGUUUCAUAGUUUAGAUCUCUUUGUUUGUAUGUUUGUUCCAUUUUGUUGUUUGUCUUUGUUGGUAUGUUAAGUCUUUUUUUUUUUAAUUUAUGUUUUGUUUUUUUUUCCAGGUGCCAACUGCUUUUCCUGUAGAACCUCAGUUUACUUUCUCCAAUCAAACUCAGGGAGAACCUUUUCCGCUAGAGAACCGCUCAAGUAUGGGAGAAGUUCAGGUAAAAACGUUAUGAGCAGUUUUAAUACUGCAAAGGUAUCCCACAUGUGGUUGAAGUUAUAUAAACCCAGAGAAUAUGGUCUGACAUUUUAACUGUUUAGUGCUGAUUGGUGAUGAGAUACGGAGAGGUGUCCAUCAAAGCCGGUCACCGGUGGUCUACCGCUACAUAUCAGACCUCUUCCGUCUGUUCAGCCUGUCUAUGAGUUUCGCCUUAAGCCUCUUUUCCGGGUACAGCCGACUGUUACACCAUCGGCAGCCGCACCUGGAAACGUGAUGAGAGUACAGUACUUUGACUGUUUACAUCACGAAGUAUCCAACCAUUGCUAUCCACCGUUGCUAUCUAAUUGAUAUUGUGAUGGAAGGCGUGCAUUCAAAAAUAGCGGUAAAAAUGGACAAGAACAGCUCACAACGAGCCAUAUCUGAGUUGCUUGGGGGCAUCUUUAUAAAAUGUGGGCCUAUUUGCUCUAACUAUAUACUUGCAGAGGUGUUUAGUUUCAUAAUAAAGGUAUUUUUCAACCGUUGUUCGCUAUGUGAGGUAAAAAUUGUACUUAUCUCUGUACUUCAGUGCAAUUCGUGUAAUUCUGUGUUUUUUUUCUUUUCCCUUGUGUGCAGGAUUUUCACGCUUUAGUGAGAUACUUAAACCAGUUCCCAUCUGAUGAGUUCCUACCUACUAUGUCCAAUUUUCACCUCCUAGUUUUUCUGGCAACUUCCGACAUGCUUCCUUUAAAGGUAAUGUUCAUGUGUUGGCUUCGAGCCUGUGAUGAGAUCACAGCUAAUGAAUUGCAACGAGAUGUUUUGUAGCUAAAAUCUGGUUUUGGCGUCAAGUCAAUUAACAGUAAAGGGAAGCUUUUAAUUCUGUCCUGAAAAAACCCAGGGCCGGGUUGUUAGUGUGAAAUCUGAUUUAAGAUCUGAAAGCUUUUAAAGAAAAUUCAGUCGAAUUUCUUUUUGUCUCGAAUAUGACUAUUUGACGCUGUGAAAAGAAUACAGAAAAUUACCCCAAAAAAGGCUUUUGAACUAAGCAAUAGAGAUACAGAUAGCAAUUUAACCGUGGGUUAGCGCUAAUCGGCCUUCGAACAACUGGGCCCAGAACCAUAGCAACUGCACAAGGCAAGUGGAACAUACAGAGGCCACAAGAUAAGCCAGUAUGAACUGGCAUGAUGAACACAGUGGCAAGCUCAAAGCAGGAGGAGGAUGUGGCUGUAAACUUGAUCAGAUGAUUCUGACCACUCACAAUGCAGCUGAACCCUUUACACCCUAACAUCAGUAUGCAUAUUCUCCAUACUGUUCUGUAAACAUUUCCUAAGAUGCCGAUAUGGAGAAUUUGUCCAACAAUCAGGAGCUUCUUAAGUAGGUGAUCAGUUCCUUUAUUCUCCUGACCUUAAUGUUUGAUUCAGGCGUGAUGUGGUAAGGAGAAAUUAGAUGCCAGUCACUCUCAGGGGUUCAAGGGUAAAAAAGCCUGAAUCAAUCUGUAGCUUGCACAACGGAGGGAAAAAUCAGCCAGGCUCGAUUCUAUUACUUUUUCUCGUAAUAAAUUUAUGUUGAGGUUUUCAUGUCUAACUUUCGUUGAUAAUUUAUGUUGUGGCAGGAUCACUUAGGAGAUCUGUGUACGGCGAUCAGAAACAAAGAUGCUGAAUUGGCUCGGCGCUGGAGUAAAAGUGAACAGCGGUGCACAGUGAUACAGCUUAUGCAAGCUGCAAAGGGUAAAAUGGUUCCCUCAAUAUCUUUUUUCUUUCCUGUUAUUUUCUGUCCCUCUCUUUUUUUUUUGUUUUUUUUUUUAAGUUUUUUUUAUUGAAUUCUCCCAACCUCCAGAGAGAGGGUCCAUAUGCUGGUAUUGAUUGGUUAAGUUUUUUUUUUACUAGUUCAACAACUAUUUUUUUUACAGUACAAUUUUAAUAAAAUUGGAACCAAGCGCCUGCAGUAUAUUCUUUUUUGUUGUUUUUAUAAAAGUAAAUUCCAUAUUGUUAUUUUAUUUUCCCUUUACAAAUUAAUAUAUCUUGUCAGGCAUCUAUGCUUACGGUUAAAAUAUUCCCUUCUCAGCCCCCUCGCUAGAGCCACGAGGAUCAGGGGAGGUGGACAUGGUUGAUACGUCCCAUUCCCCCAGUGGUGCAGGCUGGUCGUGCAAGCACUGUACGUUUAUGAACCAACACAGACACGAGAACUGUGAUAUGUGUGGCUUGCCUCAACACUGAGAAAAGUGAUUAAAAGUUUGUUGGAAAUCAUUAUUGCUAAAAGUCAAGAUGAAGCUGCAGGACAGACAACAAGGCACAGAAUUCAGAUAAUUGUCUAGUUCGGCUCCGCUGAACAUAUUUUGGCUUUUUGAGAAGUUCCGCUAAGAACGUUUCUAUUUUAUCGAAUUGUUAACGACACCGUUGAAAAUACAUCUCUACUUCUCUACACCAUAUUUAACUGAAAAAUAAUUUCUGAUACAGCGAAACAGCGCGUGCUGAAACCAA